GCCGGCACAUUACCGGGUUUUGUCGGACAUUAAAGCCCCGCUCGUGUCUCCGGUUCGUGUUUGCAGAUGACGGAGAGUCCGGACAGCAGCGUCCUGCCGCGGACACACAGCGGCGGCAGCGGGCCAACGGUGGUGAAGGUGGAGUCAGGUGAGUCAGGUGUGUUGGUCCUGACCCCAUCACAGAACACAGAGCUUCACUUUCUGCGUUUGCGGGUUCGAGAGCUGGAGAAAGAGAAAGCCGAGCUGUCAGCGGAGAACCAGAGACUAAAAAAUAUGCUGGUCCAAGAAAUCCCAGGGCUCUUGUCCACCAUGUGGCAGACAUUGGGCCAGGCCAACAGUCAUCACUUGGUCUCCAUGUCAACAAGCAGGAGCGACAGUUACGCUCCAUACAACUCAACCAAUCAGGACGGAGACCUCAGCCCCCAGGUCUACCUCCAGCAGUUCCAGGAGGAGCUGAGCGGGGGAUAUGAUGUACUGGAGUCCUGGGGCCCGCUGGGCUCUGAGAAUAAGGAGGUGUCAGGAGGAGCCGACCUGGGCCUGGGGAGCCACAUGGGGGAGGAGGCACCGCUUUGCAGCCAGACUGAUAUGGAGGAGCUGAGGAGGAGCUGCUCCGAGAGCCACUGCACUUUGGGACACGUUAACGGACAUGUGAGCCAGGUAGAGGUGUAUCCGGGCUCUGGUGUUCUCUGUGAAGUCCAUUCAUGGCAGGCAGCCAAUCAGGCACAGUCCCCCACCGCGAUGGCCCGGACACUGCUGAUGGGUGUGUUUGAUAUGAACACACUGAUGAACAGUAACUUGCGAGGCGGACGGAGCCGCCGGCCCGCCUUCCAACCACAGCGCAGCGCGCUCGACCCACACAAGAUCAACGCCAUCUUCAAUGCCAUCUUGGCUCGAUUUCCUCUUGCCAAGAAAGGAGUCAUCGGCUCGGGAAUCAACUCUAAACUGUCUGAGAUCCGUUUCCACUCUCGAAGAGCCAAUCGGGACCCUCGAUUCCUCUGAUGGUCAGCUAGACAGCUCCUCCUACCUCACAAAAAAACAUCCAGACAACCAUCCAAUGAGAACACAGCAGUCUGGUGCUGCUGGACCAAUGAGACAAGACAAGACUAAUUUCAACAUCUGUUCAAUUUCAGGUCAGGUCUGGUUUUCAUGUCAUUAUGUCAGCUGCCCUGUUGCCAUGGUGACAAAGAGACACAAAACCAUCAUAAACUGAUGCAAAGUGACUACAAAGAGAGUAAAACAACCACAAAAUGACCACAAAGGGGCUCAAAGCCACCACGAAGAAACCCUAAAUAUUGUCGUUCUUUGUGUCAUUGUGAGUCUUCAGCUGCUCGCAGUCUGAUUUUUUUAUGUUGAUUUUGUGUUUUCAUGUGUUACAGACAUGUUGUAGCAUCACGUAUGUUGAGCUGCACACCUGUUAAAUGCAAGGUGUAAAUACAUUGUGAUGUCAUCUGCCUGACCACAUCUGCAGGUGGUCUGGUUCUCAUUGUUCGGAUGUUAGGUAGAUGUAAAUGCAAUCCGUACAACGUGCUGGCAUCCGCACUCAAUAGAACAUUGGUAAAGGUAUUUAUUUAUAGUAAACACAAAAUAUAGGUGGUUGUUUAAAUUUAGAGCAAGCGAGAAGGCUGAAUAAUAUCCGUUUACAACGGCCAGCAACCAAUGAGAAAACCAUCGAUGAUGAACAUCAUCCGGGAUCCUGGAGAUGUCAUCGCAUUUGUUUUCAAGGUUCUACAUCCAAGAUGCUCCCAGAACGCACCAAAAGGUGUGUUAAUCAACAAAACAGGAAGUGGAGUGUGUGGAAAUGAAGGAAAAGCAGUAAGAUCUCAGUGAGGAGCCCUGAAAACCAUCAGGUUCACACCCGAUCAUUAUCCAGAUCUCAUUUUAAUCCAGGUGGAAAUGACAUCACCAUUCAGCACGAAUAAAAGUCAUGUUGAACAUCCGCCUGGAUGACAAUCCUAUUUC